AUGGACGACGUUGACCUUCGAGAGCAGUUGUUUGAUCGUCGACUUCAACUGACAGAAGGCCUCAAUGGCUUGCCCUAUGACCUGAUACUCUACCUUCAACGCGCCGUCAUUCACUCUGACUUGGGCUAUCCAGACCUUGCUGCCGGUGAUGCCUACAAGGCCUUGUUGUUGACCGACGAGGUCUGCAAUGAGGGUUUUGAGUACCACGAAAAGGCCAUGGAGAGCCUCUUGAUGCACACAGGUGUCCCUAUUCCAGAGGUCAUGGCCUACGGGGACCUUCCUCAAGAUUGGUCUCCUGCUGUCGUCGAAAGCCUGGGCGGCGGCGAAGAGGCUGCUCGUCGACUUGCCGGCCUCGCUUCCAUCCGGGCCCAUCAGAUUCUGUCAUUGAGCCUGCUUCUCUGCGGUUGCUUGAAGAGCGCCUCCAACUUCUGCGAGCGUGGCCUGAAGCUUGCUCCCAAGAACAAGGAACUCCUCAACGCGCAAACCCACAUCAGGACCGUGGCUCGACGUCGACUGCGCCGCGACAAUUUCAAUACAAACGACCUGUCCGACUACGGCCUGGUUCGCCGGGAGGUUUAUCCAUGGAAUCACCAUGAGCCAGAUCGUUUCGCGCAAGAUUCGUUGGAUGCGCUAAACACGCAUCUCAAGACCAUGGCGCCCAAAUGUGCAGUGCAGGUCGCCACCUUGCCGGUUCUGCUCGAAGGCGCAAGCAACACAGACCACUACGACAUCAUUCCCACUUGCAAGCAGCUUGGCGUGUUUGCUGCCCAAGACAUAGCGCCUGGGGAGGACGUGCUGCGCGAAUACUCCCUGCUGACCGCCAACAACCGCUUAAAGGACCCAGUAUGCGACGCUUGUAGCGCCGACCUUCCACCUCUUGGCAGUGACAACGAGGCCGUCAACUGCGACGAGUGCUACGAUACCGUCUUCUGCAGCCAGUACUGCCACGAUGCGGCCCAGGAACGCUACCACCCCGCGGUAUGCGAGAAGGAUGUCGAUGCCAUUGCCAAGGACCCCGAAGCUUCCGAGGCGGACGAGACUUUGUAUCUUCUUUUACUGUCUCGCGUCUUGGCGCUGGCUGCCCAUCAGAAUCUCCAUCCUCUUGAUGUACAGGAAGUUCGAUUCAUCUGGGGCGACUUUGUGCCAACGGCCACGAAUGAUAUUGACAUAUCGCCCAAUGCUGGACCGCCUCCAGAGUGGACGUUGCCAUUCUCUUUCAAAUACAAUAUCGAGACGCCGCUUCACAUCCUCGAGAAGAUGGAUAUCGACAUUUAUACAUCCCUCUCGCAGUACGACUUGUGGAUAUUCAACACUCUGUACGCAAAGUUCCGCGGGACAGCGUCGGCGCGCAAAAAUCCUCGAGAUGGUAGGCCGGAUGUGGCAGCUGUCCAUCCUUACUGGUGUCUUGCCAAUCACGAUUGUGACCCCAAUGUAACCUGGGACUGGGGAGGCCGCAUGGUCUUGUGGGCUCGCAAGGAACGCCUUGUCGGUGGCCGACCAGGCGGUAUCAAGAAAGGCGAGGAGAUCCUGAACCAUUACUGCGACGUUUCGCUUCCGGUACAAAAACGACGAGAAUGGGCUCGAGGCAGUCUAGGCGGUUGGUGCAUGUGCAAACGUUGUCGGGACGAAGCCAGUCAAACCAAUGGUGAACCACAGGCUUUGGCAGACGUAUGUAUGCCUGGGUGUUAG